AUGUGUCUACAGGUGGUGGAACGAUACUCGGUGUGUCGAUGCUUAUACUACAAACACGCUGUCGACCCCUGCGCCGCGAGGGCGCAACGAGGGCACUGUGUCCAGGAGAAAACCGUCCUAGUCGGCUACGCUUGCGAACAACAUUCUAAAUAUCGGUCACAGCCCGACAAACGGAGACACCAAUUGUCUGAUUCGGGCUAUGCAAGUGGCGGCUGGAGCUCUUAUAUACCGUGACAUUCCCGUUGUCGACAGUAUCAGCGGACACCUAGCAUGCUACACAGCCCCGUCCACACGAACAGCAAGGUGCUUAUCGCCAUCGCAAGGCACUCCUGCGAUCCAAGAGAAUCUCUCUCAUGUGAUCCCACACCCAUAUUCGACAAAUCUGGACACAACAUCCAUUGCUCGCGUUUCUGGGAGAAGCAUUCGGCAGUGACAGAUGCCGGACGCCCUCACGGAACCUGUCAACCUGUCUCGAGGGCACGAAGGAAUGGCGGGAGUAGAAGAUCAAGGAUGAAGCUCUUCCGGAUCGGCGGUGCAGAACGAAGCUUAAGCUACGCGGCAGCUUGCAUAAACCAUGCACACAGCAACGAUCCCGUGACAACACGGAAGCUACAGAACAAGGCCAACAGCAGAGUACCACCCUAGACAUUUCGAUUGUGCUUUGAUCUUAUAACGGAACUCCUAGCAUUUACAUCGGAGUUGGGACUGCGAGCGUUUUCGCGUGGCAUUGGCAAUGCUUGUAAUCUACGAUUGAUCCCCACCUCUAGCCGGGCUAACGAGGACGUCAUCGCGGGCAGGCACACCAGAUCUUUCAAUACAUGUAUUCUUAUUAAUCCUUGAUCAUCUUCACACGAUCUACAGUUAUUUCAUCACACCCAGGUACGGUACUUGCUUCGUAAUUCCUGCACAUGCACGGAGACAGCUUUCCUUGGCAAUCAUAGGAUGGAUCGAAACUUUCUGUAGCUACUCUCAAUUUUGCC